AUGUACACUUCAACCAUCGCCCUUGCUCUCGCUCCCCUUCUCCUCCUCGCCCGCGCAGAUGUCAAUCUCGACCGCGACGACAUCCCCAGAGAAUGCGACACCAUCUGCAACCCCAUCGUCGACCUAACCCGCGCUUGCGACACUGACCUCCGAGGAGACCGUGACCGUGACGAAGACCGUCUCGAGGCUCAAUGUGUCUGCACCAACGAUUCUUUCAACGUUGCGCGUGUUGCUGCGCUUUGCGCGGACUGUAUUCACCAGAAUGUUCGUCGUGAUAAUGACGACGAUGACAAUGACAAUGAUGAGACUGAGGAUAUCGACGAUAUCCUCUACACCUGCGGUUUCUCUUCUACUACAUACGUUGCUUCUGCCGCUUCAGCUGCUGUCUCGGGCGUCAGCGUCGAUGCGACCCGUCCUACUGACGCUUCGCAAUUGACCACCACAAUUAUUGCCGGCGCUACUCGCACGCAGGGUGGUGGUAGUGCUUCCAACACUGGUAGCAACAACAACAAUGAUGCUUCCGACACUGGUGCUGCUGCUGACGGUGCUUCUGCUACCAAUGAUGCUUCAAGCCCUGAUGAGACCAACGCUGCUGCUGCUAUGGCCCCUGCUGGAUUUGUCGGUGCUGUAAUCGGUGCCGCCAUGCUUCUCGCUUAA